UAGACUAUUAAUUUUUGGACAUGAGCCGAGGGCGACGCACCUUCCACUGACAAUGAAUUCACGGCCCAUAUUUUGAAUAAACAAACCCUCUUUGUCCAACUGUUGAUGAGUAAAAUUUAAAGAUUGCCACAUGACGACAAUAACAGUUCGAAGAAAUAAUCAGGAAUAUGUCGUGCCAGCAAGUUCUUCACAGGACGCGCAACCAUCCCCCUUAGCCCUACUCGCAGCAACUUGUAGCAAAAUAGGUGAUCCUGCGACUGCCUCUGAGGGAGGAGCCAGUCAGAAUGGGGGUAAUGCUGUGAGAGUUGUAGGACAAGCUGGGGGUGCGGAAAUUGUGACUCCAAACUUUAUUCAACUACCUUCAGGUGCCAUUGUCGAUGCCAGUGGUAAGCAGCAGUUUGGGAUUCCUGUGUCUAUUGGUCCAAAUGGCCAGAUAAUACAACAAACAGCCCAGCCUCAAUUAUUCACAAAUGGAAAUGUCCAGUAUAGUGUUAUUCCAUCCUAUCCUACAAUUGGCAUAGAUAGCCAAGAUGGAUCAGCCAUCAUCAUUCCAGCAUCGCCAUCUGGAAAUAAUGCAGGACAAGCUUUAUUUUCUAGUGGACAACAAACAGUGCUAGCUGCCCCAAAUGGUCAAUUAAUCCGAGCUCAAGGACUACCUGCAAACAACGUGAUUCCGAACAUGGGAUUUGCAAAUUUAACAGGAAAUGUUGUGAAUUUAGGAGGAAAUUUAGUGAGUUUAGGAAAUGUGCAGGGUGGGCCUAGAUCUGUUCAGACUGUUCAGCUUCAGUCACAAUAUCAACAGAUGCCAAAUUUUAUCCAGCUACCUGUGUCAAGUGGCCAGGCCACAGCAGCAAUGCAAGCCAUUCAGCUGCAGAGCCUCCAAGGUUUUCAAAUGCUCCAAGGUACCCAGCCAAUCAGUACAACUGCUGGUGGAGGGGGGCAGACAACUGGGGAUGGAACCCAGACUGUGUCCAGCACUGGGACUGUUAGUAUCCCCACUCAACCCACACAGCAACAACAGCCACAGACAAUUCAAAUCCAACCACAAGUGCUUGAAAUUUCUAAUGUGACAUCCACCCCCUCAAAGGGAGGUAGUGACAAUAAUAAUGGCAGUAAGCCUCCCACACCACAGACUUUAACAAUUCAGCCUAACCCUGUUUCUUCAUCUCCCUCCUCCUCAUCCUCUUCAUCAUCAACAACUACACAACAGCCAAGUCAGGCUGCUAUGCCCCAGAUCCUCCCUGCAAGCUCUCUGCCAAUUCAACAGAUGCCCACCCUUGUAUACAAUGCAGCCACUGGACAGUUAAUUCCUAUCUCUCAAGGCAUGAUCAUGUCUAAUGGACAAAGUAUUGUAAUGAAUUCAAUGCCACAGAUGUCCUCUAGUACUUCAACUUCAACUGUCAGUACUGUAGCUUCCUCUCAGUCUACGCAGCCUGUCUCAGUGCUUCAGCCCGGUCAGAUAAUAACGCCCCAGCAGCUGGGUCUGCAGACUAUUCAAGGGCAAAACCUUCAGCUGGGGGGACAGCAGUCAGGCCAGGUCAUUACUGGCACACCCUGGCUAUCUGCCAUCAACAAUCUUAACAUGGGUAAUAUCAGGGCACCCAACACAAUACAAACAAUCCAGGUCCCCAACAUGACUCUACAAAGUCUUCAAGGUUUACCUGCGGUGCAGAGUUUUCAGGGGAUUCAGACAUUUCAGCUGACACCCCAAGGACAGCUGAUUGCUGCUGGUCCCACUCCUAUACAGUCCAAUCUGACCAUCACCUCCCAGGGGGGCCUGGCCCUGGCUGCUUCUCAGCCACAGACCAGUCAGCAGACCCAGCCAGCACAGUCCAUGAGCCCCCAGCUGUCUCAGCAAUACACAGCCACUGUACAGAACAUACAGCCAGCUCCCCAACAGGCACAGAUCAUUAAUGCCAAUACAGGACAACCUGUUGCUGGCACCACUAUUCAACAAGACCCAAAUGACCCCACAAAAUGGCAGGUGGUUCAAAAUCCCAGCAACCCACCCCUAAGUCCCACUGAGCAGGGAAUAGCCCAGCCUGGCCGAAGACUGCGAAGAGUGGCCUGUACUUGUCCUAAUUGUAAGGACAACGAAGGACGAACUGGAGAAAACAAGAAAAAACAGCAUAUUUGCCACUAUCCUGGAUGUAAUAAAGUAUAUGGGAAAACAUCACACUUGCGUGCCCAUUUGAGAUGGCACUCAGGGGAACGCCCCUUUGUUUGUAAUUGGCUGUUUUGUGGAAAACGCUUCACACGAUCAGAUGAACUACAGCGUCAUAGAAGAACCCAUACAGGAGAGAAGCGGUUUGAGUGUCCGGAAUGUCAGAAAAGGUUCAUGCGAAGUGAUCAUCUCACAAAACACAGAAAAACUCACAAAAACAAGAAUGCAUCAUCAGCGUUAGACUCCAGUGAAACUGGGGAGGAGGGAGAGAUUGAGGGGUUUUCUGAGACUCUGACCGUGAACACAGAUGAGGGGCCCACCACCAUUCAAGUGGUCACCUACACAGGCCCACCGAUACAACAGGUGGAGGAGGGCUGAGCUGACAGUGCCCCAAAGGUGGUGAAUGCUGUGUCCUCAGUGUACCAAAGAGUCUGGUACAUUGAUCUUUUGCAGUAUCCAUUUACAAGGUGCUACUAAGAAGCAGACUCUGAGUCAAUAUGGAAAGCACAUGUGCUCAGUAACAAAUGCUUCAACAUUUUAUUGCUCUAAGCAAUUAAAGUAAUCAGUGCAACUGUGUAUGUCAGCAUCCUAAGACUGUAUACGUACGAUACGUUCUUGAAUCUGUUGACUCAGAAAAUUAUCAUACAAUGCUUUGAUCAGUGGUCCUAGUAAGACAUGACACUUAAAAGAAUUUUACAAUGCUUAUGUGAAAUCAGAGAGGCAUGGUUGUAAAAGUGUCAUCCAUUGCCCUGUUCUGUGAAUUAAAGGAGCAGUUUCUGGGCUGGAAUUGUUUAUGCCAUCCUUUAAUUGGUCUGUAAUUCCACCGUAAGACUCUGUUGCCAAGCAUGCAUGAGUGAAGAUAGGACGUUUUUUAUGUUGUACAGGUACUCAGUUUUUAUGUAUUUUUUCAUAAAUCACAUGGUUCUCAUUCCAUCAAAUUUUUAUUUAUGUAUUUAAGAGGAUGAAGUAUUAGUGACAUUGUUGUAUUUUGAGCAUGUAUGACAUGUUCUUAUAAAAGUUGUUACUGUGUUGUUAUGUUGUUAUCUAUAGAUGUUGUGUCAGCUGACUGAUCCCGUUCUGUCCACAGAAUCUUACCUUACAGUAUUUUUAAUACCAAGAACAUAGUAUUGAAAGCCUGUCAUGAUUUGUGGAAUCAACUCAAUCUUAGUAGAAAAUUUACAAUUUCAGUCUUUAAUAAAUACCCGUAUUUAUUUUUUUAAUAAGAAUGAAUUUCUAAGUUUGAUAUGAAAGUCUACAUAUACUUACAGAAUUAUUUUUCAGAAUGUCAGAUAUGUUAGUUUGAAUCUCAAUGACAGGCAUUAUUGAAAUGAGGUAAAAUUUUGUCCAUUAAAAAGUAUCUAAUUUUGUACAUCACCUAUUUGGCUUUGUUUAAUAGCCAGUUGAUAUCCAAACAAUUGUCUUUUACAAUUUAUAAAGCUUUAAUCAACACCUUUUUAACAUUGUUUUUAGAAUCUGUUUCAGAGUUUUAUAUAAAUGAAUUUUUCAAGAUGGAUACAUUUUACAAUUGCUUCUGUGUCUCAAUGUAAAAUAAAGAGGUCUAUCACUUCAA